UGCCGAUCCGUGCCGGGCAAGUUUUACCGCAUCAUCUGUUAUCGCAGAGCCGCGCGUGAAAACUGAUUUGCAGACAUCAACAAGUGGCGGCGGAAUGUGUGUCAGCGUUUGCUGCGAGCCCGCAACUUUUCAGACCCCACACAGAGGCUUUGAUUCGUAAAGGAUAGGCAGGGGCGACCGGAAGGAACCUUCACAUUGCGCCAGAUGGAGCCUCCAGCCGAACCGGCAGUCAGCCCGGUGGAGUUGGAGUUAACGGUGGAGAAUGUGGAGUCGGCUCUCUACCAGCUCUACUUCGAUCCAGACAUGGACCAUAAGAAUGUGGCCCAGAAGUGGCUGACCCAGGCCCAGGCCUCUGCCCAGGCGUGGCAGUUUUGCUGGGCUCUGCUCAGCCCUGACAAGAUACCAGAGGUUCAGUUUUUUGGCGCCAGCACCCUGCACACCAAGAUCUCCCGCCACUGGAGCGACCUCCCCUCAGACCAGCACGAGGGCCUCAGGGUGCAGCUUCUCUCCCACAUCUUGCACUUCUCCUCUGGGCCUAAAAUGGUGCUGACUCGUCUGUGUGUAGCUCUGGCCUCCAUGGCUCUUAACUUAAUUCCCCAGGCCUGGUCCCAGCCGGUGGCGGACAUGGUUAGGGCCUUCCAGCCCCAGAAACCAGAUUCUGGAGACGGCGACGGCGCAAAAGCCUCUCAGGACCCUCACGCACAUUGCCUUGCUCUGUUGGAGCUUCUCACCGUCCUUCCAGAGGAGUUCCAGAGCAGCCGCCUGGCUCAAGCUCGCCGCGGCCAGCUGAGGGAGGCUCUGAUCGGCGAGUGGGCCGUGGUGUGUCCAAUGCUGCGUCAGCUCCUGCAAAGCCAGGACUCAUCAAAUCAGGUGAAGGAGAAGGUGCUCCGCUGUCUGUCUAGCUGGGUGGCGCUGGAUGUGCCGUUUGGGGAAAGCCAGGAACUGGUCCAGGACUGUUUCACUGCACUAUCCAACCCGGAGCUGUUUGACACAGCUGUGGAGACGAUAGUUAACGCCAUCUCACAGCCUGACUGCCAGAGGUACAUUAAUGCUCUGCUGAGCCUGAUGCCUCUGGUGCUGGGUCUCUACGAUCAGCUGAAGAAGGCAGCUCAGGAUGGGGACAUGGAAACCACACAUGGUGUCUGUCGCAUUGCCGUUGCCAUGGGGGAAACACACUCCAGGGUUUUGUUGGAACAGGUGGAUCACUGGCAAGAAUACUUGGCUUUGGUCAACAUGAUUCUGUUCUGUACGGGCAUCCCCGGACACUACCCGGUCAGUGAGACCACGAGCUCCCUAACACUCACCUUCUGGUACACUCUGCAGGAUGACAUUUUGUCAUUCGAGGAGGAGAAGCAGGCAGUUUACCUGCAGGUCUACAGGCCGGUUUACUUCCAGCUGGUGGACGUGCUGCUGCAUAAAUCCCACUAUCCCUCCCAGGAGGAGUACGACUCUUGGUCGUCUGAUGACAAAGAGCAGUUUAGGAUUUACAGGGUCGACAUCUCCGACACUCUGAUGUAUGUGUAUGAAAUGCUGGGGGCAGAGCUGCUCAGUAACCUGUACGACAGGCUGGGCAGACAGCUGAUGGACCCCCAGCAGUCUGCGGUGUGGCAGGACACUGAGGCCUUGUUAUUCGGCUUCCAGUCUAUAGCAGAGACCAUAGACGUGAACUACUCUGAUGUUAUUCCUGGUCUGAUUGGUCUGAUCCCCAGAAUCAACAUCAGCAAUAUUAUGCUGGCGGACACUGUCAUGUACACCAUAGGUUCUCUGGCUGAGUGGCUGGCUGAUCACCCGGUGAUGCUGGGUGGCAUUUUACCCAUGGUGCUCCAGGGCCUUGUGAAGCCAGAGCUGUCCGUGUCCAGCGUCUCCACACUGAAGAGGAUCUGCAGGGAGUGCCGACUCGACCUCGGCCCCUACGCUCAGGACAUCCUGAUCGUGUCACAGGAUGUGCUGGUAAAAGAAAUCCAUAAGAGCAGCCAGUGCAUGUGGCUGAUGCAGGCCUUGGGUUUCCUGCUGUCCUCCCUGCCAGUGGAGGAGAUUUUAGGCAGACUGCACUCGCUCAUCACCCCUCACGUCCAGCAGCUGGAUACACUGUCCCAGCAGGAGCCCAGUCAGACCAACAAACAGAGCAUUAUCCACAUCCUGGGGAUGCUGUCCAGCCUCUUCACUACCCUGGACAUCAACAGACCGGCAGAGGGCUCGGACAGCGAAGCCAGUCCCCGAGUCACACCGUCACAGAACCCAGUUGUAGUCGUGCUGCAGCAAGUGUUCGCUCUGAUCCAGACCAUCCUCAGCAAAUGGCUCCAUGACUCAGAGGUGGUAGAGGCAGUGUGUGGGGUUUUUGACAAAUCGGUCCGGACCCUCCUACACGAUUUCGGGCCCAUGGUUGCUCAGCUGAGCGAGAUGCUGGGGCAGAUCUACAGCGCCUUCCCACAAGCCUCGGCGCUGGACCUGGCACGUCAGAUGGUGCACAUUUUUGCUGGAGAGGAGCACCACACAUCUAACAUCAGGGGCCUCAUUGAAGUGCUGACAUCCACCACUCUCAACAUAUUUCACCAAGGUCCGCGGGAUCAUCCUGACAUCGCAGAAUCAUUCAUGCACCUUCAUGCUCAGAUUCUCAAAAGGAAGCCUGACAUGUACCUGUCUGAGCAGCUGGAUGUCAACGCCCUGUUUUACUGCGGGAUUCUGUCCAUGAAGUUUCCAGAAACACCCACAGUAAAAGCUGCCAGCAUGUUCUUUACAGAGUUCUUGGGUCGCUGUAAAGACAUGCCUUCGCUUGGGGAGGUGCUGCACAGGGAUGGAAAGCUCCUGACAGAGACCAUACUGCAGGGGGUCGGGGGCAGCUCUCCUCGCAGCCUGAGUCUGGCGGAGCACUUCUCAGAGGUACUGCUCAAUUUAAACAGACACUGUCCAACACUGAUGUCCCAGUGGCUGGAGGAAACGCUACAGACGCCAGGGUUCCCCUCAGCCCAGGUCUCCACAGAGCAGAAGCACACGUUCAGUCAGCAGCUCCUACGGGAACAGACCAACAAGCGUCGCGUUAAGGAGAUCGUGAAGGAGUUCUCUCUGCUCUGCCGAGGCCUGCAGGGGUCCGGAUACUCGGAUUACUAGUCAGAGCUGCCGCGGGCGCCAGACAGGACUGUUCACUGAGGAAGUGACACCGGAAUACUUGGAUUGAACCAUGUUUUUAAUAAAAUAGCUUUGUCAAGUUUAUAGGAGGAUAAAGUGAAGCCUCGUCAGUUCUCAUGAGCUGCUCCGUCUUUCUAACGACACAUCAAUAAACACGUCCUUUGUCGCAGCUGCUUGA